AUGGAAGAGAAAUUAUAUGAGAAUCAUUUUUUUGAUAAAUACAUUAAAAUGAAUAUUCCUGACAACUACUUGGAUGCAUCAAAGUACAGGUUAAUACCGGAUAACCAAGAAGUGUACGUUCACAAAUUUGAUAACAAAUGUUUUAUUAUUGAAGUUGUAUGUUACCAAAAUAUAGAUAAUAAUGAGAAGGGGGAAUUUUAUUUUUAUGAUUUAGCAAAAGAAAACUGUAGUAUUGAAAACAUGAUUAUUGUAAAUAAUAGUUGCUUACCUCAUUCACAAAGAAAUUAUAUUUUAAUUGUAGGUAGACAAAAAAUAAAAAAACAAAAUUCAGAUAUAUACGAAAACAUUUUACUAUAUAUUUGUAUAUUUUCCUUUAAAGAAUAUAACGCUGAUAUAUUAAUUACAUGGAAUAUACCAAAAGAAGACUUGGAUAUUCAUCCCGAGUUGAACAUAUUUAAUGAAAUGAUACAAUCUUUUAGGAUUCUUGAUUACAGCUUAUUUGUUUGA